GGGGGCGUGGCCUCGGCCGCGGCGUGAUUGGGGUGCGAUGGAGCCCCGGGCACACCUGCAGUGCAAGAACCUGCAGGAGUUCCUGAGGGGGCUCAGCCCCCCCACGCUGGACCGGCUCUACGGGCACCCGGCUACCUGCCUGGCGGUCUUCAGGGAGCUGCCAGGCCUGGCCCAGGCCGGGAUCAUGAGGAUGCUGUUCCUGGAGCAGCCCCUGCCCCAGGCAGCCGUGGGGCUCUGGGUCAAGAAGGAGAACAGCAGGGAGCAGCAGCAGAGCCAGGAGGUGCUGCUGGAGCUGCGCCUGUGGCACCCCCACACCCUCCCGGGGGGGCUCCCGGGGGUCGCCCUGAACCCCAACUUCAGACAGAACCUGAGGGUGGCUCUGCUGGGGGGGGGCAAGGCCUGGUCGGACGACACGGCCCCGCUAGGCCCGGACAGACACGCCCGGGACGUGCCCGCGCUGGACAAAUACGCCGAGGAGCGCUGGGAGGUUGUUCUGCACUUCAUGGUGGGGUCCCCGAGCGCGGCCGUGAGCCAGGACCUGGCACAGCUGCUGGUGCAGGCCGGGCUCAUGAAGAGUGAGGGGGGGGAGCCCCCCUGCAUCACCUCAGCCGGGUUCCAGUUCCUGCUGCUCGACACCCCAGCCCAGCUCUGGUUCUUCAUCCUGCAAUACCUGCGGGGAGCCGAGGCACGGGGGAUGGACCUGGUGGAGAUUUUGUCCUUCCUGUUCCAGCUCAGCUUCUCCACCCUGGGCAAGGAUUACUCGGUGGAGGGGAUGAGUGAGUCCCUGCUGACGUUCCUGCAGCACCUGCGAGAGUUCGGGCUCGUGUUCCAGAGAAAGAGGAAGUCCCGGCGGUUCUACCCGACCCGUCUGGCCAUCGCGUUGGCCUCGGGGACAUCGGGCACAUCCUCGGGGACACUGGGGACAUCCUUGGGGACAUCCCUGGGGACAGAGCCCGACAGCCACGGCUUCGUCCUGGUGGAGACAAAUUAUCGGAUCUACGCCUACACAGACUCGGAGCUGCAGGUCGCUCUCAUCGCUCUCUUCUCGGAGCUCCUCUAUCGCUUCCCCAACCUGGUGGUGGCACAGGUGACAAGGGACAGUGUCCAGGCGGCCAUCGCCAACGGCAUCACGGCCGAGCAGAUCAUUCACUUCCUGCGCACUCGAGCCCACCCCGUGAUGGCCAAACAGAGCCCGGUGCUGCCCCCCACCAUCACUGACCAGAUCCGGCUCUGGGAGCUCGAGCGGGACCGGCUGCGCUUCUCUGACGGUGUGCUGUACAACCAGUUCCUGUCCCAGGUGGAUUUCGAGGUGCUCCGGGACCACGCCCGAGCUUUGGGGGUUUUGGUUUUCGAGAACCCCGGGAGGCGCCUGAUGGUCGUGACCCCCGCGGGGCACCCCGAUGUCAAACGCUUCUGGAAGAGGCAGAAACACAACGGCUGAGCCCCAAAAAAUCCCCAAAUCCCCAAAAAUCCUGGGCUUUGGGAGCCUGAAAUCCCAAAAAUCCUGGGCUUUGGGAGCCUGAAAUCCCAAAAAUCCUGGGCUUUGGGAACGCAAAAACCCCGAAAUCCUUGGGAUUUCGAUCCUAAAAAACCCCAAAUCCCAAAAAGUCUCAAGAUUUGGAGCUUGAAAUCCCUGAAAUCCCCAAAAUCUUGGGAGCUUGGGAUCACAAAAUCCCCGAAAUCCUGGAGUUUGGGAGUGCAAAAAUCCCAAAUUCUGGGUCCAUAAUCCCCAAAAUCCCAGAGUUUGGGAGGCAGAAAAGCCCCGGAUUUGGGGUCCAAGAACCACAAAAUCUCCCAAAUCCCUGAAAUCCUCAAAUUUGGGGUCCCAAACCCCCCAAAUUUGGGGUCCUGGCACCCCAAAACAGCUCCGGAAAAGCAAAAAAUUUGGGGUUUGAGAUCUUUGGGGUUCCAGAUAACCCAAAAUUGGGGGUCCCAAUGCCUCAUUCCCAAAAAAAAAAGAAGGAUUUGCAGGGGAGGAAAUGUAGAUUUCUUUUGUAAAAACUGUAUUUUGGGUAACUUUUUUGUAGUAAAAACGUU